AAAGUUAGCCAAACACAUAAUAUGACAUAUGGGAGGGAUGCUUAGACCAAUUUUUACCAUAAAUACAACAACUCUGGUCCUAUAAUCACCAGUUCAUUUCUGUACACAGUCAUCAACAAUUUAAUCAAACAACCAAAAGAACACUAAAAUGGCCGCUAAGUUCAUCAUCUUCGCCGCUUGCGUGGCUACCGCUUUUGCCCAAUACUCUGCCCCAGCUUACAAGCCAGCGUACUCUGCGCCCGCUUACUCAGUACCAAAGGCUUACGCCCCAGAGCCCGCAUACGCACCUACACCAUACAACUUCGAAUACAGCGUAAACGACCCACACACCUACGACGUGCACAGCCAAUCCGAAUACAGUGACGGAAACGGUUACGUCAAGGGAUCCUACAGCCUCGUCGAAGCCGACGGCUCAAUCCGCACCGUCGAAUACACCGCCGAUGACCACAGCGGUUUCAACGCCGUCGUCAAGAACGAAGGUGGAUACAAGGCUCCAUCAUACUCCGCACCAGCCUACAAGCCAGCUUACUCAGCACCAGCUUACUCUGCACCAGCAUACUCUGCACCAGCAUACUCUGCCCCGGCCUACAAGCCAGCAUACUCUGCACCAGCAUACUCCGCACCAGCCUACAAGCCAGCUUACUCAGCACCAGCUUACUCUGCACCAGCAUACUCUGCCCCGGCCUACAAGCCAGCUUACAAGCCAGCAUACUAAAUUAUUUAGCCAUGUGAAUCAACCUUUAUUCUUCUUUUAUUUAAUGUUUUCUUCGUGUACCCCUCUGGACCAUCGCGUUCAUAUUGAACCGUGGUUUCAAAGUCAUACCAUGCUGUAUUAAUAUAUAAGAUAAUUGAUACGACUUAUGUAUUUAUUGUGUAAAUAUAUAUAACAAUCGUUAUAUUUAUUCAA